AUGUCUUUAACAAGCAAGUUGAUCAGCUCGUCGAAGCUCGCUUUGGUGCGUGCUGUCGCCAGCUCAUUCAAAUCGGUUCGCCAAUUUUCCGCUUAUCCAAUUGAUGAUUCGUUUUUCGGAUUGAACGAUGAAGAGAUUGCGCUUCGCCAAUCAAUUCGUCAAUUCGCUGAAAAGGAAUUGGCUCCAUUUGCCGAUAAAAUCGACAAAGAUAACGGAUGGGAUCAAUUGCGGCCAUUUUGGAAGAAGCUUGGAGAUCAGGGACUUUUGGGAAUAACUGCACCAGCUGAGUACGGAGGUUCUGCGAUGAACUAUUUCUCUCAUGUCAUCGCGAUGGAGGAACUCUCACGUGCUGCGGGAGGAAUUGCACUUUCCUACGGAGCACACUCGAACUUGUGUGUGAACCAAAUUGUGCGAAAUGGAAGCGAGGAGCAAAAGAAGAAAUAUCUUCCAAAGCUAAUUUCUGGUGAACACAUUGGCUCAUUGGCCAUGUCGGAGGCCAACGCUGGAUCUGAUGUCUUCUGGAUCACCAAUGGACCAGACGCUGAUGUGUAUGUCGUCUACGCGAAGACUGACCCAUCCAAGCACCAGCAUGGAAUCACCUGUUUCAUCAUCGAACGCAACACUCCCGGAUUCUCGCGGUCGCCGAAACUUGACAAACUCGGAAUGCGUGGAUCGAACACGUGUGAGCUUGUGUUUGAUAAUUGCGAAGUACACGAAAGCCAAGUAAUGGGAGGAGUCGGAAAAGGAGUGUAUGUUCUUAUGACUGGAUUGGACUAUGAGCGUCUUGUGUUGUCUGGAGGACCACUUGGACUGAUGCAAGCUGCUUGUGAUGUUGCUUUCGACUAUGCCCAUCAGAGAGUCGCGUUUGGACAGAAGAUCGGAACUUACCAGUUGGUCCAAGGAAAGAUGGCGGAUAUGUACACCACGUUGAACGCCUGCAGAUCUUACUUGUAUCUCGCUGCUAAAGCUGCUGAUAACGGAAAUGCUUCGAACAAGGAUUGCGCUGGAGUAAUUCUUUACGUUGCUGAGAAAUGCACACAAGUUUGCUUGGACGCUAUUCAGAUUCUUGGUGGAAACGGAUACAUCAAUGAUUACCCAACCGGACGUUUCCUUCGUGAUGCGAAACUCUAUGAGAUUGGAGCUGGAACUAGCGAAGUCCGUCGUUUGAUUAUUGGCCGUGCUCUAAAUAAGGAAUAUUCCAACUAA